GGAUGAGCGAUAGGAUAAGCGCUUAAGCAUCGUAUCAUGAUCCGUAACUGCCUGUGGCCACGGGCUGACACCACUGAUGGCAGCGUGCCGGUCAGCCUACUUAGGUAGGUACCACUGAUGGCAGCGUGGGCAUUCUCGUGGACCCCAUCGAAGCUUCCUCUACGUCGUUCCCAUGAUAAUCAACGCCAACUUGAGAUCCGCAGCGGCGCAACCGGUCGAUUAAUUGACUUCCUUGAGAGUAGGGCGCAAUGCGUAUAUAAAGUGGGUCCCAGAAGACCUGUCGAUUCAGUGGACACUCUGUAGUGCUCAGUGUUGCAACGUUGCACUUAGGCAGCCAACUCGUAAGGAUACUCGGCACGCAACUUUGUUCUCCCACGUAAAUCUGCAAUGUCCACUCAAAGAGAUCUCGAACGAGCAGAGGCUGGACCUAGCUUUGAUGCUCAACGAGAUGAACAAGUCCGCGGCAAGGUUCAAAAGGAUGUGCAAACACCCACGGAAGACGAUUCGACAAUUGUGGCAGCAUGGAUGCAACGGAUCCAGACACUCACUCUUAUAACGACAUUUCUUGCUUCCAUCGAUGGAGAGCUCUUCACCCUUACCUCCGUAUCGUCGCAGGUAACAGUCAAUGCAAGCUUAGACUCUCAGGAACUCGUGUAUGCAUGUUUGACUGGUGCCCUCGUUUUUCAUGUCUGUGCUUCAAUUCUGGGAUAUAUCGCGUCUUUCCUUCUUGUUCGAUACCAGACGGUAGACACAAUACCCCCUACCGACAUACUGGGAAAACUUCCUGAUACUGGUUCACCUCACGAAAACGUUAAUGGAAAGCAACUCUUGCUUAAAGCCAUCCCUCCUUUGUAUAUCGUACAGUCCCUUCUUCAAAUACCCUCCGGGGUCCGAUUCCAAUCCAGGACGUCCACUCCACCACUGGAUCUCCUGACUCGGUGCUAUUUUACGAUUUUGGUGCUAAGUGGCGCCGGCUUUAUCUUGGCACUUCUUGGUAUCGCCACUUAUGCAUGGUUUGGACUGAAGCGGGUUGUUGGGAUAUUCACGAUAGCCUGUAUGGGUGUUAGUCUGUUGUCAGGUGUGUGGGCGAUGGUGUACUGAACCACGUGCCUUGGAUACGUGAUUAUCAUGUUGUUAACGAAAAUACGAACUCAUUCACGAUUUGUUUGAAGCUGUGCA